AUGGCCUCAAGCUCCCCGGGAUUUCUCUUCAAGCACCCGCCAUUUGUCCUCCUAGGGUGCCUCUUGCUUGCUUUUCUCUUCCAGUCCCACCACCCUAUGACCAGAGCUGGGGUAACCAGCGGAGAUGGCGGCGCUGUUUAUGGAGAACACGAAAAUUGCGGCGAAUUUGGACGGGAAGAUACCAAAUCUGCAGUCGCGAGCGAAAUAUCCGGCGUGUCACGCGUAACCUCACGCGCAGGGUCGUGCCGCGCUGAUGGUCAUGAACUCAGAGAGGCGGAAGCGCGCGCGGUGGCAGCGGAGGAGCGCGCGCGGCUGGCGGAGGGCCGCGCGGAGGAGCUGGACGCGGAGCUCCGCGGGGCGCUGGGGGACGUGGCGCGACUGGAAAGCGCGAUCACAGAGAUGGGUUGCCGAUCUUCGGACAUUCUUCCAGUCAGCAGCACAGCACCGUAUUGCAUCUCACCAUCUGCAAUGUGCUCAUUCCGGCUCACCUUGCACCUUCCGCUGCUUGUCUCUUCGCCCCAUGGCCCUGGGUGGUUACCAGAGGAGCAGCUGGCAGUGGGGGAGAAGCGGUGUGGCGAGAAGCAGGCGGAGGUGGGGAGGCAGUUGAAGGAGUGCAAUGGUGGGAGGCAACGAGCCAUGGCACAACUGCACGAGUGUGGUGAGAAGCAUCUGGUUUAUCACAGUACGCUUUACGACUCCCUGUCUGUCCUCUCACUCCAUCAUGUCUCCUCCCACGUCUACUCCCAACCCACUCACUCUCAUGCCCGCAGAAGCCUCUCUGGCAGCAAGGGAGCAGGAAGAAUGAGCAAGGCAAUCCGCACCAACGAUGGAAACAUUCGUAGCUGUCACAUUGUACCGUAUGAGCCAAUGCUGCUCUGA